GUUUGUCUUCUGGAUCUCCCACUCGCUGGAGGUCAUGGGCGCCUACGACGAGGAGCUCUGGGCCCCGAAGGCCGCCUCCUUCCUCGCGCACUGCCAGGACCCAGGCGGCGGCUUCGGCGGCGGCCCCUCGCAGCUGCCGCACCUGGCGCCCACGUACGCCGCGACGGCGGCGCUCCUCAUCGCCGGCAGCGAGGACGCCUACAGGGCAGUAGAUCGCAGGAAGACGUACGAGUUCCUCAUGCGGAUGAAAAGCUCGGAGGGCGGCUUCAAAAUGCACGACCAGGGCGAGACCGACAUGCGCGGGGCCUACUGCGCCAUCGCCGUUGCCUCCAUGCUGCAUAUCAUCACGGAUGAGUUGAUAGAGGGCGUCCCGGAGUACAUCCGGCGCUGCCAGACGUGGGAAGGCGGCAUCGCAGGCGAGGAGGGCCUGGAGGCGCACGGUGGCUACUCGUACUGCGGGCUCGCCACGCUGUGCAUCAUCGGCAAGGCGAGCGCGCUGGACCUGCGCGCCUUCCUCCGGUGGUCCGUGGCCCGCCAGAUGGCGGUCGAGGGCGGCUUCCAGGGGAGGACGAACAAGCUGGUAGACUCGUGUUAUUCCUUCUGGAUGGGCGCCAUCUUCCCGCUUCUCCACGAGGCGCUGCGGCAGGCGGGGGACGAGUCCGCCUGCCUGCCGGCGGAGCACUGCUGGUUCACGCCGCAGCCGCUGCAGACGUACGUGUUUCUGGCCUGCCAGACCGACAACGGAGGCCUGCGGGACAAGCCGGGCAAGUCGGCGGACUUCUACCACACCUGCUACUCCCUCAGCGGCUCGGCCGUGUCCCAGUUCGGCACCGACGGGAGCACUUGUGUGGUGGGCGACCCAGACAACCUGCUCGAGCAGACCGACAUGUACUAUAACGUGCUGCUCGAGAAGGCUCAGCGGAAGAGCGCGUUCUUCGACAGCGCGCCCCCCAUCGAUCUCGGGGACGGCCCCCUGAGAACACGGGAAGGCGAGGGCGCGGCGGCCGCGCGGCGACACUUGCUGAGCCUGGCCGCCUGA